AUGCCACAACCACUUCCACAAGCACGGCAAAGGAGAUGGGCUCCAAAAGUCAGGACCGGGUGUAAGACUUGCAAGAUACGGCGGAAACGCUGCGAUGAAGGAAAGCCGCAUUGUACGAGGUGCUUGAAAGACAAGUUUCGUUGUGAGGGAUACGAACCUCCAAAGACGUGGCUGUUUGAGCCGUCUCGCAAAGACGAGCUCGAGCAAUCGGAGCCAGAUUCACCUUCGUGGCAAUCAUUGCCGUCACACCGGGACUCUCUUCCAUCGCCCGUGAUAGCAAGCAAGAGCACGCAGAGCUUUUCCGAUCCCUUUGCAUUUCUUGUCGAACCCUCGAGUCCCUGGACGACGGAUGUGGACCAGAGAUAUACGCAGCUGUUCCUCCUUGAAACCGCGCCUCUUCUCUCUUCCACCAGAAAGUGGCAUCACUUCUGGCAAUUCAUUGUGCCUCAAGCUGCUUGGAACAACCCGUCGGUCCAUCAUGGCAUGGUCGCCGUGGCGGCGACGUUUGACUCGUAUUUUUCGGGCCGUGAUCACACCGCCCUGGUAUUAGAGCGGAGGGCCCAGGCGGUCCGUGCAUUCACCAACCAACGCCCCUCGUGGGACGUCGCGCUGAUCGUCUGCCGCCUGUUCUCCUCAAUGGCCCAGUGCAACGAGGAUUUCCCCGCGGCCAUGGAGCACAUCAAAAGCGGGGAGAAGAUUCUCAGAGAAGCGACGCAGCAGAGCGGAAGCGGAAGCGGACACGCUGCACGGUCGUCGUCCGAAAUUGUCCGGCUCAUGGCUGCCACCUUCAUGGGUCUGUCGGCGGACGCCAAUAACGACGUGAAUAUCAUCAAGCGGUUCCCCCCGGGCCAGCGCCGCGCCGCUUUCCUCGAGCUCAAGGUCAUAGGCUCGGAAUAUGCAAGGCUUCUCCGCCGGAUCGCGCAAGGGUACCACCACCACGGUGACGGCGACACAAUCGAUACGCUGACCAUUGGAUUUCUGUCCGUCGCCUUCACCACCAUGAACCAAGCCAUCAGCUCUGCCAUGUACCCGGACCUGCUGGUGUUUACCGGCGACGACGGGGUCGUCCCCGCGGCCGAGAUCCGCACCAACCUGCUGCGCGAGGGUUCCUUGUUGGCCCUGGACGACCUGAUCAUCAUGUUUCCAUGCCUGUUCUACGAGCUGGAACAACACCUAGACACCACCCUAGCCGCCGGAGCCGGAGCCCGAGCAUCUGCUGCUCCCACCACGGCGUCGUCGCCGUCGUCGUCGCCGUCGUCUCUCGACGAUCUGAAACAGCGCCUCAAGGUCCUGGUGGACAACUACGUCGUGCAAGCCUCCGAGGUCGAGCCCCGCAUGACGGCCGGCACGUUCUGGCUCGACGACGCCGCGAUCCCGGGCUGCCUGAGGAACAACAACGGGCACCCCGACCGGCGGCCGCCGCAGACCGGCGUCGCCAAUCCGUGUCUGAGCCCGUGUCUGUGCGCCGACGGCCAAGAAGACCCCGUCCUGCGCGCCAGAAGGGAGUAUUACCACGAGUAUGUCUGCCAGUACCGGAGCGGCUUCAUGUGUUGA